AAGUGAUUUGUAAGCUAAGCUUAGCCAAAGAUUCUCAUUUUUCACCAUCUCACCUCCAAUUGACAAAUCAAACGGCAACCGCAUCAGCCAAGAGAUACCAGAGUGAAGACGAUGCAGCAGCAAAGGCAAAGGCCAUGGGAUAAUCUACCAAGCUCAGCUCUUGUCAAUAUAUUCUCCAAAUCCUCCCUCAAAGAUCGUCUCUGCAAUCUCCCCUUUGUCUGUAAAUCAUGGGCUAACUCCUCUCGCCAUCCUCACUGUUGGGCCUCCUUCAUCCCCGACUCUUACUACUCAUUUCCUCCGCCGCCGCUAUCUUCCUCUGUUGUUGCUGUCGAUGCCUUUGUUAAAUCUUCCUUCCCUUAUGACGCAGCUUUUUUGGACCCUUUUGAUGGUAGACGCAACAGCGAUCCUCAAUGUGGAGUUCUUGUCCUUCAAUCUCUCAUCGCUAAAGCUGGUGGUGGAGCCGCCGUGACCUCUGUCUAUUUCCUCCCUUUUCUCACUUCUCUUGAUGGCCCUCCCAAUGAUGACGCCCUUCUUUCCCUCAUCGCUCGAUCAUGUCCCAAUUUGAAGCAUCUAUCAUUUCAUGGAUCCUUCAAUGCCUCUGAAGAAGUCUUAUUGGAAGUUGUACGUAGCUGUCCCUGUCUGGAACUUGUCGACUUCUCUGAUUCGCCAUACAUGAUCCCCUUGAUUUUAGAAAAGAUGGGGAUCCACUGUCCUAGUAUCAGAGGCAUUAGACAAAAUGGAAAUCUGCAACCUUUUUGCUCAUUCAGCCUCGUGAAAUGCUUCCCAAGUUUGAAGCUUUUAAACCUUUCUGAUUCAAGCAUUGGUGACAAAGAUCUGCUGACCCUUGUUACUGGUGAUUCAAGACUUGAGUAUUUGGAUAUCAUGCGCUGUCAAAGGUUGAUACGCUACAUGUACCUAAUUAAGGGAGCUCAUAAUCGAAUUGCUGAAAUUCGCUAUGAUUGAGUCACUGGUCAUUUUGAUGGUUCUCCAAUUCUGCUGAUACGGAGCUCAUUUUGCUCAGAUAAGUUCUAUUGCUAUCAUUCUGCAUGACAGCAUGAUUUUUGUUUUUUGUACACUUUCUGCCAACUGCUAAAUUUUCUAGCCUAUCUAUAUUUGGGAAAAGGUCUGUGUUCGAGAUUGUAUUGUAAGAAGCUUAUGUUUUACUUUUUAUAAGCCUAAAUAAAGAACAGCGUUUAAGUUCAAACAGAAAAGACAACUAGUUGCAGUUCUUAAAACAUCCUACUACAGAGAGAUUUCUACUGUAGCAACAAAAUGUUUAAAUAUUCUAAAAUUGCACCUAAUGAUAGAUUCUAGCAACCUGGAAAUAGAAAGUGUGAGUUUGCUGCUUUCUUAAAUAUUUGCAUGGUCUAGUGUUAUAUUUGAUUUCCUAAAAGAGCCAAUAAGAGAGGUGGGUCCAUUUCAGGAGAUUCGUGCUGAUACCUUACUUCUGGUAUUCUAUGCCAGUUUCUGUAACCAGACUUGAAGGCAUAAAGAGAUUUACAUUCUUUGCACUGGUCAAUCUGCUCAUCAGCAAACAAGUUGGUGUUCAUGUAUAUGGUCGUACUGUUUACAGAUAGAUUAUUGACUUGCACUUCACGCAUUUUGCACAAGCAAUCAUGUAUCAUGGAUGUGAGGAACUAGAUGAACUCUUGGGAUGAAGCCAGUGGAGAGUUGAACAUGCUGCCUUAAGAUAUAUAUCCCUUUAUUUUAAGUUUUUAUGUCAACUCUAAGUCUCAAGCUUCCGACACUGAAACCUGCUGAAGCUUGAGGUUGAAAUAAGUUUUGCAGAGGUAAGAGUACAAAUUUGCAAUGAGUUUCUGAUUUGGACAAAACUGAUGGAAUCUUUGUUGAUCAGUUACUUCAAUCUUUUCUUAGAGGGAUCCUUUUGUGUGUUUUGGCUUAUUUUA